AGACACCAUCUUCCUAUUGCCCUUUGGUCGAGGGGAAAAACAGAAGGAAGUAAGUCCCCUCCGCCCUCUUAAAUCGGUCUCCGCAGGUCACAGCGGGGCACCUGGAGGAGAGGAUGCCUAGGAGCCAGCCGCCGGGAGAGGUCCAGACCAUCCUGGACAUGGAAAACGCCUGCCAAGAGCCUGAGGAGCAGCCACAGAGCUCGCCCAAGGCGGAUGAGGAGCGGCCUCCUGUGGAACACUCUCCCGAAAAGUCGUCUCCGGAGGAGCCGUCUUCGGAGGAGCAAUCCUCGGAGGAGGAGUUCUUUCCUGAGGAACUCCUUCCUGAGCUCCUUCCCGAGAUGCUCGUGUCCGAGGAGCGCCCUCCUCAGGAAUGCCUGUCUAGGAAGGACCUUUUUGAGGAGCGCCCUCCCAUGGAGCAGCCUCCUUGCGGAGUGGGCAAACAUAAGCUAGAAGAGGGAAGCUUUAAAGAAAGGCUGGCUCGCUCCCGCCCGCAAUUUAGAGGGGACAUACACGGCAGAAAUUUAAGCAAUGAGGAGAUGAUAAAGGUAGCAGAGGAGAUGGAAGAGAUGAAGCGAGUACGAAACAAAUUGAUGAUCAUGCAUUGGAAGGCAAGGCGGAACCGUCCUUAUCCUAUUUAACGUGUUCGGCCUUUAAUUCUGUUUUGCCUGGUAUGAGUAUUAUCACCUGAACUUUGUUUGCUUUUUCUCAUAUACCUUACCCCGUCUUCCUAAUCUUAACUUUGCGUGGCUUUAUCUGAGGUGUUUUGCUUGUAACUGGCAUAAAAUUGCCCCCCCCAUCCGCAAGUCCCCCUCUUUCAAUCGUGAGUCUUCUCUAUUUGCAUGGAAAGAUGUACAUUAUAUAUUGUGAAGUGAAAAAAGCAAUUUUCAAAAAGUAUAUGUAGUAUCUCAUUUUUGUAAAAAAUGUAUAUUUAUAUAUUAAUAUGCAAAGAAAAAACUGAAAGUAUAUACUUCAAAGGCUUAACAGUGGCUAUCUGUGGUAGGAUAACAGGUGAUUUGUUUGUUUUUCAUUUUUGCUGCAUCCGAAUUUCUCAUUUUUUCAAGAUGAACACAUUUUACAUGUGUUGCAAAAAAAACCCCAAUAUAAUGGAAAAAUUGUAAAGCAAUUUAAAAAUAAUGUCAAUCAACUUAUAAAGAUAAUGUGGCACUUAAUAAAUGCUUGA